GUCAUCUCACCCCACCGAAUUCUGAUUUCUCACCACUCAACUCUCAGCUCUGAACGCACGCUCUCCGUUUAUCUCAUGAUUCCCUUCUAAGUUCUAAAGCACAUUUCCGUCCAUUCUAAAACCCUAUUUACAUUUUUACUCCUAACAGAAAUCAUCCACCACCAAAAAAGAGCAAACCCUCAUCAAUGGCGGACAACGAAGCAGCACUCGCCAAUGGCAAUUCCACCGAGUUAGACCACACUGAGCAUCCUGCGAAGAACACAACCUCCGUCACCGACGUCGACGAGCUCAAUCAGAGGAUCGAGACUUUGGAGAGAGAAAAAUCGGAAUCGGAGGCGAAAAUCGGCGAGCUCGAGACCGAGAUCGAGUCACUGAGGAGAGAGAAAGAGGCAUCAGCGUCAGACCUCAAGGCGACGGAAUCCAUUGCUAAGCGAGCUUUCGAGCUCGAAGGCCAGGUUGUGCGUCUCGAACAUGACCUACUCUCCGCGCUGAAUGAAGGUGAGGAGUUGAAUCGCGAGAAUCAUGAGCUGAAUUCGAAGAUUGCGAAGUUGGAGGAGAAAGCGAAGAAAGAGAAAGACGAGAGAGAAAAUGAGUUUAGUGUGCUGAAGAGAGAGAAGAAGGAGGUUGAGGAUUCGCUUGGCAAGCUUCAGGAUUUGUUGAAGGAAUCUGAGGAUAAAGUGGAGCAUAUGGAGAAGAAAAUGGAGGAAUUGGUGAAGAAAUCGGAAGAAUCUGAGAAACUUAUUGGUGGAUUAAUGGAGAAAGUUACAGAAAGAGAAGUUGUUGUUGAAGUUGAUGAGAAUCAUAACAAUGGCGGAUUCAAAGGAUUGAAGACGCAAUUGCCUGUUAUUGGUGCAGUUUCUGCUGCUGUUGUUGUUACUGCUGCUUUGGCUGCUUGCUACAUUAGGCGUAACUAGAAACAGGUAAAAUUAUAGCGAAUUGAAAGGAGAUAACAUGUUCUUAAUUAUUAUUGAUUAGUGAUCUAGUUGCUAAAUUUUGAUGCUAGUUUUUGUGGUUUUUCUAUGCUGUUUAGUGAGCAAAUCUGGAAAAUUUUAUACUGCUUUUUCCUUUUCGUUUGGAGAUGAUUUAGUUUUUAUCCCAUUUUUGUUCUACGAUAUGUUUGAAUGCUGAUGAAUAUUAUGUUUUGGUUGGAAAUAAUUCUUGCUAUAAAUUUUCAGAUUGGUGUUACAAUA